ACAUAGCUUGAGUCUCUGAGGGUUAAUUUAGACUGAUUGUACCUCUUAUUACUAAUAUUAAUUAGUGAUGUGGUUCCAUUAAGUGACUCCUGAUACCUAAUCUCUUUUCAGUCCCAGGAUGUGUUUAUGUUGCCGUCCCCGCUCAGUGUUUGAUUGAUUGAGUCUGUCUGUGUGUUUUGUGUCAGUGAUGCGGUUGGGGAACUCGGCUGAAGCUCUGGAAGCAGCCAAACGCACCGUGCAUCUGUCAGACUGUGUGCUGCGGCUCUGCAUCACUGUGGCCCAUUUGAACAGAGCCAUGUAUUUUGCCUGUGAUAAUGUACUGUGGGCCGGCAAAACAGGACUGCUGCCCGAACUGGACCAAAACAAAUGGAGCCAGAGGUCGUUUAGAUUCUACUUGUUCGCGCUCAUCCUCAAUCUAACGCGAGACGCGUAUGAAACCCAUCUGCUGAUGGAGAGAGAGUCCCGCAGCAGUGCAGCUAAAAGCUUUAACUGCAGUCUGUCUCCCCUCACGCCGAGCCCAGAGAACGGAGGAGAGCUCCCUCUGACCCCGUCGCCCUCCUCAGCGCUGUCAGCCGGACUCAACAAGCAGUUCCAGCUCCUGAUCACGGUGCUGCGCAACAACCCUCCGCUGCUCCUGGACCUGCUGAAGAACCUGUGUGACGUCUUCAUCCCGCUGGACCGGCUGGGCCUGUACCCCACGGGCUCGGGCUUUGUGGGGGCCUGCGGCCUCACGUCCUCCGUCCUGUCCAUCCUCACUAUAGUUCACCCCUGGCUCAAACUCAAGCCUUGAGUCCCUGGCUGAGAACUACCUGUGCUGUUGCUUUAUUUCUGGAGAGACCCUCUCUUGAGCUUGUGUAGAUAGCGGGAAGGAGAAUGUCUGUCCUUCAUUCCAGUUUAAUUGCACAUUCAAAAGCGUUUCUCCUACGUGUGGAAAAACUAACAACCAAGAUCUGACCUAUUCUAAUUAAAUCCAGUAGUUUAAGUCUGAAAAUGUCCUAGUCUUGCUAUACAGCUAUAAUGCUGUAGUUUUCAGUGUUUAAGUGCAAUUCAGCACAGAACAACAAAUGGCAAACUUGCUUUCAGAAUUAUAAUUUUCUCCUGAUGAUGAAUCUCUUGAAGAAAUGUCAGGGUUAGAUUUCACCCCAAAAUCAAUGGAAAAUCUGCAUAAAUGUAAUGCAACAAAUAUGUGACCUUUACAAAUGUACAAUUUAAAUAAUCGUAUUUUAGUAAUAAUAAUAUAGCUUUGCUAGAUUCCAAAUGUCACAGCAAAAGAGUAUAUAUAUCUUAAACUGCAGCAUUUUAUUGAACAUUAUGCAUUUUUUUUGUCAGACUUGCUAAUCAAACGUUGUACAAGGAUACUGCUGAGUUCGGAAACGGUUACUGUUAAAAAUGUAAUACUUUAUCCAAUAGAUCCUUUUAAAACCUAUGUCUAUGUUUGAGGCUGUUUCUUGUUUUUCAAUUACUGGAGUUGUGAACCUCUGCAAUUUGUUACCAAACACAUUUCAAAACUAGUAGUUUACAUUUUUGCAGUGAUUAAUACAUUAUCAACCAAAAAAGGAUUUGGGGAAUGGUUAAGAAGUAAUAUGUUAUAAACUGAUAUUUGCUUAAUUGAAUUAAACUACAUCACUGACACAGAGCUAUAAUGCCGUUUUUUUUUUUUUAAAUGUGUGUAUACAUGACCUAUCGAGUUUUACGUAACAUAACCAUAUUUUGAAACCUCUUGAAUGUUAAUGCUAUGCAUCACUGGGGUUGCUGAUGGUGACAUGGUGGAGCUGUGAAUCUAACUUUUGAAAUAAAUAAUGCCUUGAA